CCCACCUCUUUAUAUCUAACUAACUAGUUGUCAUACUGAAGACAUUAGAUCUCAAGAGUCCGCUUUCCUGAAUUGCCAUAGUCAAUGUAAUGUUUUUUCUUAUUUUCUUCUACUGAUGCAUUGGCAGGUGUUAGACUUCGUUAGGAGGCAUAUAAGUUCAGGCACCCCAUUAUUAGCUGGGAAUUCUGUUUAUGUGGAUUUAUUAUUUCUGAAGAAGUAUAUGCCACAGCUUGCAGCCAUUUUCUCUCAUGUAAUUGUUGAUGUGAGUAGUGUGAUGGCUCUGUGCAUGCGAUGGUAUCCCAAAGAAAGGAAGCAAACUCCAAGAAAGCAGAAGGCCCACAGGGCAAUGGAUGAUAUCAAAGAAAGCAUCAGAGAACUAAAGUACUACAAGGACAACAUUUUCAAACCACAGAAAUCCAAGCGGUAGCUGCAUGAGUGAAGUAUGCAGCCACCAUCGUGUUGAAUAAUUGAAUCGACUGAGAGCUUUUCAGGUUGAAGGUCUCAUGCCGCUUUUGAGCUCACAUGCAAAGGUUCCAUUGAUGUUCUGUAUACAUUGUUUAGUAUUUGGGACUUAUGGCGUAUUCUUGGUGGGAUUCUGAACGUUACUAGAUGAACCUCCUCGUUACUGCAUCACGUACAUUUACAUGUAUAGAUUGCAAUUACUUGGCUACUUCCUAUGUUAAAUGGCAUGGUGUCUAUGAUUGGCAUAGAUGCCACCUCAGCCUCAGCAUA